AUGGGUGGAAAACCAGCGGUUGCCUUCCUUGGCCCAAAGGCUUCGUACACUCAUCAAGCCACCGUAAGCCAAUUCUCCGAAUCCAAAUACAACCUCCAACCCCAAAUCUCCAUUGAAGACGUCUUCUCCGCCGUCCAAACAGGCACCGCCUCCCACGGCGUCGUCCCCUUCGAAAACUCCUCCAACGGCUCCGUCGUCUUCACCCUCGACCUCUUCGCCGACCUCAACGGCCGCUACCCGGACAUUCUCGUCGAAGGCGAAAUCUAUAUCCCCGUACGCCACUGCUUACUCGGCCACUUCCCCCGCAAAACCCGCACAGCAUCAGAAUCCAGCCAAGAACGACGAAGGACCGACCUUCCAUGGCGGAAACUCCAGACUCAGGACUCGCCAAAUGCGUCUGGGAACGUUACGCCAACGCAGGCGGUACCACAGCCUGGGAUGCCGAGGGUGAAGCCGGGGUGUGAUUUGAAGCAUGUGAGGAAAUUGUAUUCGCAUCCGCAGGCUUGGGGGCAGUGUAAGCUGUUUCUAUCGACGUAUUUGAAAGGGGUGGAGAGGCAGGAUGUGUCGUCGACGAGUAAAGCUGCAGAGUUCGUGGCUCAAGACAGCACCGGAACGUCCGCGGCUAUCUCCUCGAAGAUCGCGGCGGAGAUGAAUGGGCUGGACGUGCUGGCUGAAGGAAUCGAAGACAACGAGGGCAACUCCACGCGCUUCUUCAUACUACGACGGACAAGCUCUACACCACCGACACCUACAGCAAGUCUCGACGAAAAGACGGAGAUGGAGCAGUACAAAUCCCUCAUCUCUUUCACAAUCUCGCACGAGGCGCCGGGUGCGCUGGCGGAUUCAUUGGCGGUGUUCAAGAGGCAUGAUUUGAACUUGACGAGUAUUAAUACACGGCCUAGUGGGGAGCUGCCUUGGCAUUAUAUUUUCUUCGUGGAGUUGAAGGGGAAGAAGAGGGAUGGUGGGGAGGAUGGGGCUGUGAAUAGGGCGUUGGGGGAUUUGGGGAGGGUGGCGACGAAUUGGAGGUGGUUGGGGAGUUGGGAGAAUCAGUUGAGGGUGAAGGGGUGA